AUGAGGGCAGAGAGGGCUCAGAACAAGAGGGAUGAUUCUCCUCCACAUACGACUAUGGAGACUCAUACCUGUACGCCAUCUGUUACACCUCAGCAGGAGGAGAGUGGGGCUAGUCGUCAUUCUGGGGAGUCUGCUGGAGUUGCUGGGCAAGUAUUUGUUGGUACUGACGAGCAGAGGCUCAUUUCUUUCAGAAAGCAUAAACCGCCAGCAUUUCAGGGGUCAAGGGACCUGAAGGUAGUGACUACUUGGUUGAUGGGUAUGGAAAAGAUAUUUCAGGUUAUGGGGUGUCAGGAUCCCCAAAGAUUAUUGUAUUCUAUUUAUAUGCUCGAGGGAGAUGCCCACGAGUGGUGGUAUACUACAUCUCAGCCUUUUGUUAUUCAGGGGGAAGAAAUUACCUGGGCUUUAUUUGAAAGAUUAUUUCAUGAAGAGUACUUUCCCAGGGAUGUUCGGGAAGCUAAACAGGGUGAGUUUGAGAAAUUGGUACAGGGUACCAUGACUGUUGAUGCCUAUGUGGCGAAGUUCAAUGAGUUAGUGAAGUUUGCUAAUUAUAGGGGUGUGUUGCCGACUCUUGAGUUUCUGUCUGCUAAGUUUCAGAGAGGUCUGAAUGAUAAGAUUGCUAAAAGAAUGUCUAAUCUGUUGUGA